AUGUCGGUUGCCGUGCUGAGCAGGAGUUACCUCGCCAAGUGCUCGCCAGCCUUGGGCGGUGCCAACGAUGAGGAGUUCCUCAUCUCGCUGCAGAUCGCCUCGCAGGCCGAGGACAUUUACCAGAAGUUGGGCAAGUACCAGAAUACCAUCGGCUUGAAGGACAAAUGCUCGGCCGAGGAUCUUCGUGCUUUCUGGGAGGACACCGACACGGCCAAGCACAACCGAGAGUAUGGCAUCCAUGCGUACCUCCAGUAUUUGGAGAAGUUUUACAUCAAGAUCGCCGGCAAAGGCGGCAACACCGGCAAGUUCACCACUAGUGGCGUGUCGGUAGGGGAGUGCAAGCUCUUCACGAUGCUGCACUGCCUGGCGCUGAUCAAGCCCACAGUCCUUACGCCGUACCCCGGCCUGCAGAAUUUCUACAACCGCUUCAAGGCUCUGCAGAAGACGCAGGACAUUCUCGAGAAAGGCGGCCGCUUCCCUGGGCCAUUCAAGCAGUACUUCAUUGCCUGA